GGACACGUCUUGUAGUUUACUCACUUCCGUUGUCCCCCCUGUAACGGAACACGUGGAACCCCGUAGCACUUCCUUUUUCAACCAUGGGUCUUCUGUCGAAGCCCUUACUAAUUGAUGCCAGGGGGCAUUUACUAGGAAGACUCGCUUCUAUUGUAGCCAAGACCGUCCUUCAAGGUCAACGCGUUGUGGUUGUAAGAUGUGAGGGAAUCAACAUUUCCGGAAAUUUCUACAGGAACAAACUAAAGGUUCUGAAGUACCUGCGAUUGCGAUGUAAUGUAAAACCAACAAGAGGACCUUUCCACUUCAGAGCUCCCAGCAAAAUGUUCUACAAGGCUGUCAGAGGUAUGGUUCCUCACAAAACGAGUCGCGGUGGUGAGGCUCUGGAGCGUCUGAAGGUAUUCGAGGGAAUCCCACCCCCAUACGAUAAACAGAAGAGAAUGGUUGUUCCCUCAGCACUAAAGGCAAACAGACUCAAUCCGUGUAGAAAGUACUGCGAUUUAAACAGACUGGCACAUGAGGUGGGCUGGAAAUACCAGAAGGUUAUCUCUACCCUGGAAACUAAGAGGAAGGUCAAGUCCAAGAAUCACUUUGAAAGGAAGAAGUUUUUACUGGCUCUACGAGAGAAAGCCAAGAAAAAUGCUGCUAAGAAGGUGGCCCCCUACCAGAAAACGAUCGAAAGUUAUGGAUUUAACUAAUAAAGACGAAGUGAGACUGUA